AUGAUUGGAUUUGCAGCCGCCUUUCUACUAUGGACAGUAGUCCAUGCUGUCCCUAAAAAAUCAUCUCCCACAGUGGCAGUGCGCAAUGGAACGUAUGCUGGAGUGCGAAGCUCAACCUACAACCAGGACUUCUUCCUGGGUAUACCGUAUGCCCAGCAGCCGGUGGGGGAUUUGCGCUUUACGGUGCCGCAGUCGUUAAAUGCCAGCUGGGAUGGUACACGCGAUGCGACACAGUAUUCGGAUAUUUGUGUUGGAUAUGGUACGGACUCGAUUUGGUACCCUCAGUCAGAAGCAUGUCUUACUCUGAACGUAAUCCGGAGUUCAUCUGUCAACACAGAGUCGAAACUCCCUGUUGGGGUGUGGAUUCAUGGCGGUGGAUUUUAUGAAGGAUCUGGCGCUGAUGAGCGUUACAAUAUGUCUGCAAUUGUGGAAAAGUCGUAUCAAAUUGGCAAACCGUUCAUCGCCGUCACGCUGAACUAUAGACUGUCCGCAUGGGGCUUUAUAAGCUCCAGUCAAGUUUCCGGCAGCGGAAACACCAAUCUCGGAUUGCGAGAUCAGAGGCUGGCGCUUCAAUGGAUCCAGGAAAACAUCGGCGCCUUUGGCGGCGACCCCACGAAAGUCACCAUAUGGGGCGAGUCGGCAGGUGCCAUGUCAGUGGGAUACCAUCUUACAGCAUACAACGGACGAGACGACAAGCUAUUCCGGGCUGGCAUCAUGCAGUCUGGGGGAUCGAUAUCCGCGAAUCCGGGAAAUUACACGACGUUCCAAUCGAACUACAACACAUUGGCCUCCAAGGUGGGCUGCCUCGACGUCGUGGAUUCACUGCAGUGUCUUCGUGAAGUACCAUUCGAGAGACUCAACGCUGUUCUCAACGGCACGGGGGGCAACUCUGACUACAAUUUCUGGCCCGUUGUGGACGGGGACUUGAUUCAGACAUGGGGUAGCAUUCAACUAAACAAGCAUGCAUUCGUGAAAGUCCCUAUCAUUGCCGGCACCAAUACGGACGAAGGAACAGCAUUCGGACCUACGGGGAUUAACACCACAGAGCAAUGGUAUCAAUACUUAACAGCCAAGCGCAUCCUCGACCUCUACCCCGACGACCCCUCGCAAGGCAUUCCCGCAUACCUAGGCGACCAGCGCGUACCCUCCAAAGGGUACGAAUGGCGACGCACCUCGGCCUUCGCCGGCGACUGGUUCAUGCACGCCAACCGUCGACGCCAAUGCGAAGCAUGGGCGGAGACAUCAACGCCCGCAUACUGCUACCGGUUUAACGUGCACUCAGCAGACACGCCACUCCUUUCAGGCGUGACCCAUUUCGAGGAGGUAGCGUUUGUGUUCCACAACAUUGCCGGACUGGGGUAUCACUACGGCAAACCGUUUGCCGGGGUGCCGCAGUCGUACAUCGACCUCAGCUCUGCAAUGGCGGGCAUGUGGGCGUCUUUCAUCCGCGACCUCGAUCCAAACCCGAACCAGGGCGUUGUGAAACCCGCUGUGUACUGGGAUUCUUAUUCUAGGGACGGACCUGUUGAUCUCUGUCUCGAUGCUAAUAAGACCAGUCAUAUGGAGGCGGAUACAUGGCGCAAAGACGGGAUUGAUUAUAUCAACUCGGUUGCGCGGGCUUUCUGGCGGUAG